AUGAGUGCAAUAGACGAUACGACUGACGCUCCAGCCGAUGUGAUCCAAGUCCUGUUCGUCCUCUACCCGGGCUUUGGAGCACAAGAACUCUGCGGACCUCUCGAAGUCCUUAGCAGUGCCCUCCAGAAGCUGAAAGACCCUGACAGCAAAGCCUUCGAAGCCACCAUCGCCGCCCCCACCCCAGCCGUGACCUCCUCCUCCGGCCUCACCGUCAAAGCAGACGUCAACUUCAAGACCGCCCACGAUGACCUACACUACUACGACAUCCUGAUCCUCCCGGGCGGCAAAGGCGUCGAAAAGAUCCUCUCCACCCCUCCCUCCUCCCCCUCCGAACCCAUUCCCCUCCUCCAAGCCUACGCCAAGCUGCAAGCCUCCGACCCUAGCAAAGAGCGUACCCUCCUCACAAUCGGGACCGGCUCGCUUGUGCUGGCGCACGCAGGCCUACUGCAAGGGUUGGCAGCGACUACACAUCCAGACUAUUACACGAAAUUGGAGAUCGCGUGCAAAGAUGCUGCGCGCAGGGGCGAGAACCCGCUCGAGCAGACGGACGUGAUGGAGGAGAAUUACGUGGUGAACAAUGCGCGCUUCGAUCUUGGCGAAGAUCUUGACGAGAAUCCGUUCGUGCUGGCCAAGAAGCCUGAUUCACGUAGAAAGAGCUCGGCUAGAAAAGGCAGUGUGAGUCUCAGGCAGAGCUUGACAAGGGUGGAUAGUAACGCGAGACGUGCGGCGCUGAAGCUAGGAGGAUUGAGGCUUAUUACCAGUGGGGGGGUCACGAGCGGUAUUGAUGCUAGUUUGUAUCUUGUCGCUGCUCUGGCUAGCCAUGAGAGCGCGGAGGAGGUGGCGAGGCUGUUGCAGUAUUCAUGGAAUAAAGGUGUCACGGUUGAGGGGAUUGAUGUCUAG